AUGGAGAAUUCUUCCAGCGAAGGAGCCACAAAUGCCCCACAGGACUGGUGUGGUCUGCAGUCGCACCAAGACGAUUUUCCAGUAAUUGUGGUACCUUCGUUGAUUACUAACGCAGUCAUAAACUCCAUUCUGGCCUGCAUGACAGUCAUAGGCAACAUUUUAAUCUUGACAUCUCUGAGAAAGACCACUCGAGUUCACACCGCGUCAAAAGCUCUCUACUGCAGCCUGGCCUUGUCUGAUCUAAGCGUGGGAGUCUUUGUACAGCCUCUGUUUGUUGUGCGUCUUUUGGUGGGAAAAGAAGGACUUAUAGACUUGUGCAGGAUAAUGGGAACUAUUGUCAAUGUUGCUGGUGUUAUUUCGGUCGGUGUCUCGCUGCAGACCCUCUCAGUUAUCAGCGUCGAUCGAGUGCUAGCUAUUCGCCUGAAGAUGCGCUACAAAGAGGUCGCAACUAUCUCGCGUAUACGAGCCAUUUUGGCAAUCUGCUGGUUCUUCAGUACUUCUCACGCACUCACGUUAUUCCUAAGCCCAGCCCUCUUCAGCUUAUUCCAAAUCCUUGGAAUUGUCAUGUGCGUAACUGUCUCCACCAUUUCAUACGUCAUCAUCUUUCGCAGUUUGCGGACUCUUCAGCUCCAAGUCCAGAAUUAUGGUCCCGGAGACGAAGCAUCAACUAACGCUUUCAAUGUGAAACGUUUCAAGAAGUCCGUCUCCACAGCACUGUGGGUGUAUGCGUCCCUUCUUGUGUGCUACCUCCCUUUCAUGUUUUCAGUAGCCGCGCGGAUGUCACUUGGGUUUGGAGCUACUUUCCUUGCAAUUCAAUGGUUUACCGUCUCGCUGUUGUACAUGAACUCUGCGCUUAAUCCCGUUCGCUACUGUUGGAAGAUUCCAGAAGUAAGAGAAUCUGUAAAAGAAAUGACAUUUUGCUCUUGCUUCAGUAGGGGCAAUACCUAAAUUAUGACAUAUCGAAAAAGCUUCCUCUAUCCACGAGCCCUCAACUCCCUUUCAGUACAUAAUUGUCUUUUUUAAAAAUAAGCCAGCAACUCAGGUACCCCCCACCCCUCCUGUCCACUUCCCUAUCCGACAAUAGAGAGGUUAAGCAUCACGUUUACGUCAAUCGGCAAACGUGAAUUUGUACCACGUGAUAAAGUUUCCCCUUUACUUGUCGUUUACUGUUCAUCAUUUUUACACAUGAUAUAAAUUUGUAGUUUCACGCAAUUUUUUGUCCAAAAGAAUUUGUUUUGAGCUGUUUUUAUCUCCUUUUUUUCUAGUUUGCGAAAUUCUGAAAUUGAAUCUGACGUUUGCCGUUUGCCGUUAACUCUCUUUAGAGAGAUUAAGAUUCACGUUUACGGCAAACGGCAAACGUCAGAUUUAAGCUGAGAAUUUUUCAAAAUAGAAAAUAAACAGAUAAAAACUGUCCAGAACAUUUCUUAUGGAUAACACUGGCGUGAAACUACUUAUUUUUGAGUAGAAGUAAUAAACAGUACACGACAAUUAAGGGAAAAACUUGGUCACGAGGUACAAAUUCACGUUUCCCGUUUGGCGUAAAACGUGAAUCUUAAUGUGCCUAUUAUCAUCUUCCGGAGCUGGACAGGAUUUCGGGGGAAGAUUUUGGAAGUAAGAAAGUCUCUAAAAAGAAUAAUUAUUACAAAUUUUUACCCUUGCUUUACUCAUCGUCUAGUUCUUCCCGCGAAAUGUAUCACCUUUCCAGCAUGACACUAUUGUAGGUUGAAUGAUAUUCGUUGAAGUCGAGUUGUUUAUUGUUUUUAGUUAUACAAAAACUAUUUUCAAAUGAAAAAGGAGUUCUGGUGAUUUACCGAAUAAACCUAGCCUCGCUCGCAAGCCUCAUGUUAAGGAAGCCCGAGACUGGAUGGUGUGUGUAAAGGGGGAGGGAGAGGCGUAAAGUAGCUUUUACGGACUUUUGACAGUGCUAGUGAUUUCGACUUCAUAGUCUUAAAGAAAAUGUUUUAGCGUCGUUGAGCGUAGUUCAGGCAGGUAAUCAAGGUCAGCUGCUAAAAAAACUCCAGGCGCAGUGUUAUAUCGUCCAAAUAUCAUCUUAGGUUCUUACAUGUGAACUACAGUUAAACUUCAAGUAUUCUUUCUAUGGAGGAAUUAAGGACCGAUUAUACCUUAACGAAAUCUAACUUAAAGAGCUGGUUUAUUAAGACGAUCGGUCAACCUCUAAAUAUCUUUCCGACUGGCUGAUUUUAAGUACUUACACGUUUCCCUAGUUUGCGCCAUGGAUAUACCAGUUUUUGGCACUAGUAACAAAAGUAGACAGCGUUAUGAAAGUCAAAUUUGAACAAAGAGAAACUGGUUUAUAAUGCGGCGUAGUUAUACACUGAAAAACCUGUGUUUAAAUAAUCGGGCUAAAAGAAAUUAAAGAUACAUAGUAAAUGGAACUGUCUUCCUUUUGGAGUAGAUACCCAUUGGCCCAGAGUCAACUUUCGAAGGCGCCGGACAGAGAUCUUAUUGUAAGACAACAAUCUAUGGGUUGUUCAAUAAAUUGAUUAAUAUUAACAAGUGUAUUUAUUUGUCUCAAGACCCCAUUUAAUGUAGUCCAAGACAGUCUUAGACUACGAGUAGUCUCAUUUUUCCGCGAGCGCGCGUGAAAAUCACCUCACGCGAGAACAGGCGUCACGCGGCGGGUGAUUUUCACGCGCGCUUCGCUCGCUCUACUAUCCCUGAGAAAUAAUGGGGACUACUCGUAGUCUAAGACUGUCUUGAACUCUGGUCCGCCCUUUGGAUUCCGGAUUCUCCUUGUGUGUGGACUUUGGAUUCCGGAUUCUAAUCGUUAACGGAUUCCUCGGGCUGAAUUCUAGACUUCAAAGCCCAGGAUUCCGGGAUUCCACCAGCAGAGACAAUCUCUUGUUCCCGUUGACAUCAUCAAUGCCCGAAAAAGAAAACAACGAGAGCAAGAGACUGUCUCCCACCCCGGGUGUGAGUAAUUUGAGUCUCAGGCCGUGUCGCUAUCUUUCAACGGUAACGCGGAGUUUAAGCCAAGGUUCUGCUGAUGGCUUCAGAUGGGAAAGGUUGCAGAGAUUGGCGACCUUUGAUUCGCUCUGAGUGCAAAGGCUGCUUAAAGCUAGAUCACGAAUGGAAAGCAGAACUGUCGUGUGUUACCUAGGCGCAAUUUGGAGGCCACUGGAGCCGUUGGAGCGAAUUUACGGCCGUUUUCCUUAACUUCGGUGGAUCCGUCGGACCCGCUUCGCUGGAGUCCCCAACCCUGGUAAACCUUUAUCAGAGAGGGAAACCCGUUUACAGUACAACCCAUAAGGCGGCCAUAAAUCGGCCCGUGGACCGCACAGGAGAGACGAAACACACAAUUUAAGUAAGCUUAGCUGUUUUUUAUUGAAAUCCUUUGAUUUUCGUAGGUUACGGAAACGAUAGGUUUUUUCCCACGCAAAUCCUUAUAUUUCGAAUGUUACGCAACAAUGCCUAUGUUCGCCGACGCUCAUAUUUCGAGCUUGGGCUACCUGUGGUUGCAUAGAAAGUUAUGAUCACAGGCCAUUAAUUUGCACUUUAAAAAACGUUGAACAUGUUGUGGUGAGUCAACUAAACUUUCAGUGGCUAGCCCCCAGACGGACACCUCCCCUUACCCACCUCCCUCCCCCUGGUUUAAAGAAUCUUCUCGGCCUCUGAAUAAUUUAGCUUUGUUUUGCGCAGAUGUUACACGUUUUUCCUUUCAAGAAAACUGUUUGAAAUUUUGGGCCGGCUUUCCGUCAAGCCGGUCACUACCCUUUUUUUUUUAAUACAAGUUUCCAGCAACACACGGCAAUAAACGAAAACAAAACUCAAGAUCCCCGACAAAUGUUCCUAAUUUGUUUUUCUCAGUGGUAAACAAGUGGUGAACAUGCCACUGGUUCGAUUCGUUUUCACGUGCAAGCAAGAACCAAUCAUGAAGCACUUUCUGAACACGAGGUUGCUGGAGGGCGCCACAUUCAAAUUUAAAAUACUGUGAUAAUUAUUCAUUGUGAAGGAAGACGCGAAAGUUCGCUACUGUCGCGAACGAUUCUGCGAACUCUUGCGGAAUAUUACUCUUUCACUACCGCUAAGUUCGUUUUCCAUUGUACUGUACUCUUGGCUUUAACACAAAAUGCUACAUUGGCAAACAUUGUGGAUUCAGUCGUACCAGAAAGGUAGGUAGAAGAUUGUUUCGACCAGACUUAGUACACGUUUACUUAAGUUUGUAAUUUGUGUUCUGAAAAGUAGAUAAAGUAGAUACUUUCGAUGUUUAAGUAUGUCUUAAUAUCGAUAGCCAUAUACUUACUAAGAAUUAUUUUUCUGUUGCAGAAAAUACUACAUUGGAAGUUGAAAAAUGGACUCUGAAUUAAGAUGUCGACCACAUGGCGAACGGCCCACUCGAAUUUGAUACAUGUGACAGACUUGGAACUCAGCAACUUCGACUUUCCAAAAAGGUAAGGCACGUUUUUCAUCAAAUAAUCUAUAGAAUCAUCAAAACUAGCAUUUUAUUUUCUGUCUGACGGUUGCUUAUUUUUUAGAAGUGUUGUAAUGUUUACUCUGAUCAAGAAUGCCAGAUAGUGAAUUGACUUGGCGAAACCAGCAGGCAAACGUACAUUAGACAAAUUUGUAACACUCAGUUGGAAAAAACAAAUGACCCCUGCUUUGUGGAAGAGAAAAACUACAGUCCUUUAGAUUAUUGCCACAGGAAAGUUCUCACAUGGAUGUUGAACUCUUAACAUAAAAACAAAAGCAAACAGCAAACAGUACUUGCAUUGAAUGAGAGUCGAAAUUUUCAUGCUUCGCUUUGCAUAACAACUUUACAGGCUGUUGAGAGCUUUUCCUAGCUAUAAUUAAUAUUGUCAAUAUCAAUAUUUAGCUAAAUAAACAGAAAAGGUCUAAGGUCUCCGUCUCCUUUGUGUGAAGAACGUUUUUUAUAUAUAUUCUUAUUGGCAUUAAUGCUUCGCCAAGGUUGCAUAGUUUGACAAGUGAGACAUUUCCAACCGAAGAUGGUACUCCCUAUAAUGGCCUAUACGGGGGGGGCUCCAUCCGGCUCCAUCCGGCUCCAUCCGGAAGGGGUACCACACCUUCUUCAGGCUUCGGGUAUAUAACAGGGUAGGAAUUUCGCUAGUUGAAGUAUGUAAAAGAGUUAACAAAUCCCUCAUUGCGAUCUGAAAAAUAACCCAAAGGGGCUCACAGAUAAAUUUUAUCGCUGCAAAAAAAAAUUCCAGAAGCAUGUAUCGGUCUUCAUAUUUCAAAGACGGUACAUUUUAACGGAUGCAAAGUUAAAAACUAAGUGUGUGAAAAGGGUACCACUGACAACAGAAGGUAUACAAAAAAGGUUGUACCUUUUCUGCCAAAGAUGGUAUAUAAAAGGAUAAGGUUUGGACCUAGCUGCCCAGCCUCACUGUGACUUUGUUGUGCACACCCUCCCCUCCCAGGGAUUUUCCAGCAGUUCAUUAUUUUAUCUUUCAUUUCUUUUCCACAAAGUUUUAAUCAUUUUCUUUUACGAAUUUCAGCUUUCCAAGAAACAGAACCGUUUCCUCUGUCAUACCACCAGACCAGACCACCUUCCUCUUGUACAGUCAGCUUCAAACUUCCACAGCACAAGCUCCAGACAGGAUGCUUAUGAGCUAUUUUGCCAUCCAGGUUAGGUUCGUGCUUAUGGGUUGGGUCAAGGGAGGUUAAUGGAAAAGAGCUCUGGAUGAACCCUACAAAGCAUACUUUAAAAUACACACACCUUCGGCUUGAAGUCUCUGGACUUCUUUUUUCGGCUUUACUUAAUUGUAGUUAGAUUAGCUAGCGGGUUCCCUGGGCUGGUAAGGGCCUCCCCUUCCCUUUUUCAAACUUGGGUUGCUUUGCAGGUAUUCGGUCAACGAUAGGUUUAGGCUUUUCAAAUGCAAUUUCGGCUUUGAUUCGGCUUUCGUCUUUUCGUCGGAUGCAUUUCGUCGUCACCUCGUCGUCAUGGACAUCGUCGUCUUCGCUACGGUCUCCCGCUUAGUUGCGCAAAAUCGAAUUUAACUAAUCACACUUCACUUGACAGUUCAUACACUGGGCAAGUGAAGCUAUCAUUCGUAAGGUUCAACCAGACAAUGGUUAAUUACUUAAUGACACAUUUAGGACUAGAGACUAAAGAUCAUUUAACUGCUGUAGGGGACCUUAUUUGGCCACCCCUUACGGGUUAAGUGGUUCCUCUAGUUGCAGAUAGUUAAAUAGUUUAGCCUCGCAAAUUUGGUGGUGCUUUACCUAAAAUCAUCAAAACCUUAAGUCUCUCAACCAUUUGGUCUCCUUUACCGAAACGAAAAAAUAAUAGUUUUUACCGAUGAUUGACAAAUUAAGUUUCAGAUCAGUUUAAUUUUACCAAAUUUGCGAGCGUAGAAGAAUGUACAGUUUAGUCUUACAAACUUAUGACCAGGCGUUGCUUCACGGGAAGGCCUAAACGCUUUGUCACAAGUUUUCAAGGGAAUGAUGGGACAACACACACACCCUAGGCUAGACCGUUUACAAACUGUAAGCGUAGGUAAUCUUCGACACACCAAUCUACGACGCAGCGCGGAUUCAUCGCCGGAGGAACAACGCGAAACUAAUAGUUUGUUGGAAUAGUCAGUAACCCGUGUGGUAGGCACAAGAAUAGCAUUAGUCGCAAAAACAGUUCGGUAAUGCGCAUGCGUAGGGAACCCUUUCCUUCGUCUGUGGGUUACUGAAUUUGCGCCUAAUGUUACUGUUGUGUAUACCGCAUUGGUUAUAAAUAGUUGUCGUUCAUUAGAUAACGGGAGCUUUCUUUCGUUAAGACUUCAUUGCCAUUGAGACGACUGGGUUUGUCUUCUUGUCAAUCUUGCCUUGCGUUAGAAUUCUCUUGUUUAGAAGCCCUGCAUUGCAGUUCGCAGGCACUGAUCGUCUACAAAUCGUAGGCGUAGAUAGUCUUCGUAUCAAUGGUCCGUUGGAAAUGGUUGCCUUGCCCUGAAGCAGUGUUCAGCCGUCUUGGUGUUACUUUGAUCUGUGACUUGAUCGCCCUGUACGUGCCAUUGUUCGUUAAAAGAAGAAGCCGGCCGAAGAAAGAAGAACAAAGAUAUGAUCGUCGCAUUUUAAUUAGAAGCUAAAGUAGUUAGUUAAGUAGAUAAGGAAACUUUGGCGGCUGAGUGCUAAUGACGAAAGAAGACGAGGAGCCAUAUGGGAUUAAACUGAUGAUAAUGAUGAUGAUGAUGAUGAUGACUUCAAUAUUAUUCUGCCUCAAAUCAAAAACAACCAGCUUGUUAGAAAGAAGGAUAGUCAGAGAAGAAAGCAGAUAGAAAUUACUUUAAAAGCUGUUUCAACUAACAUUGAUGCUCAAAACGGCUUAAAUUCAAAAUUAGCCUUUCAUGAAAUAGCACAAAAUCCUUACUCUCACUCGUACAAGGUGAAGAUCUUAAAGGAAAAAAUUACUUUUGAAAAUUUUGCCCAUCCACUGGCCUUUUAGAACUACGUGUACAGUGAAUAUAGUUUCCAUGCCGUUGAGCAAAAAUAGAUGUUAGUUGAAAUGGCUACCAAGGAUUAUUUAGUAUAAUUAGCCGGCUGGACUUCAUCUUCGAGAGUUGACAUGCUAGCAUCAUCUGGACGAACAACAUGGGACUACACCUUUUCAAGCAGCAUUUGGAGCCCUGUUUCCCGUGGAGUGGUGGGACCCAUCAUGUACCCAGUGGUGACAAAACAUGACGGAGUGCAGCAACCCAUAUAAGGUAGGGCUGAUUUAAAUGGUUCUACGCCUGCGUAAACCUGUCGUUUACUGCACCAGCAGCGUCUGUUAAGAGUUGUUGCUUACGUCUUCUAGAAAAUUGUACAUAGCAAGUGUCUAUAGCAACCUUUUUCGUACGGUGCGUUGAAAGUUAUGCAAACGUUGAACCAUAUUUAUCAGCCCAAGUAUACACAGGGAAACCAGGUUAGUGCAAUUAUUUACUUAUUUACUGUCUAAUGACUUAAGUCGGAACUCGGCUUCGAAUUCGAUUCGGCUUUUUUCGGUUUUUCGAUCUACGCAUCCGAUCUGUCUCCGAACUGAAACAUUGCAAGGCUUGGUAUCGACAAUGUGUCGAUUGCAAGCAGCCAAUGACUGCGUACUAUCUGGAGAACCCUGGGGUGUCCAUUCGAUGUGUCAAGUUUUAUGGACAUAUGAACACUCCUUGGUUUUGCCUGGAUCCUAAAUUUUUCUUCUAGGAGCGCUUCCCCAAUUAUUUAAUUAGCUACUUUACUGUAACUCAAUUAUGAAUUUAAUAAAAAACGACAGUACUGCUGUGUCGUUGUGGUGUGACUUUUUUUCUAAUAUAAUUAAAGUAUCUUCAAACUAAAAGAGGUAACUAAAUACAUUAUUAUUUAUUUAAUUAAAUAUUUAACUGUAACUGGUGUAUGGAAUUUAAUAAAAAAUACGAACGCUGCUGUGCUGUUGGUGUGUAUUUUAACCUAUUUCUAUACAUUAAAAAGUUGUGGUAGUAAAGCUCUACAUUCAAACAGCUUUUACAGUUUAGGAUUGAUGAAAAUUAUUUGCAUUUAAUAAAAUAAAAAUAAACAACAAAGCAAGUGGCUGUGAGUGUGGUUUCUUAAACUGUCUUAAGUAACUCCUAAAUAGUUUACUAAUGCUAUUUUAUUUCAGCAACGUCGAACGUCAGCGGACUUUUUCUUUUCGGAAUUUUUUUGCUAUGAUUUUUUUCAUCAUAAGAAUGGAGGAAGAACACAGUUUUGGGCGCGCCCUGUCAAGUUCGCCAACACGACCGUCAACUUUUUUUUCCUUUUUUUGCAAUUUUGGCCAUCUCAAGAGUGGACACGUACAACACAAACAUUUUUCGUCUUAUUCUCUCAAGAUUCUUCUCUUGUUUGCCAUCGUUCAAGAAGCUGUCAAGCCAUCCAAUUCUGAUUCACCCGCGGCAGCUACAUUAAUUUUAUUUGAUUGUAAUUUAGUUGCGCUUAAAAGAUCAAUAAAGCUUUGCAAAUAUUAAAUAUGAAAUGAUUGGGUGUCAUCUUUUUAUACCAACAUUAAAAACAUCAAAGAACACUAUAUAGAUCAUACUUGUAGCUUGUAAUAAUUGUAAUUAGCUUUACUUUGAUGAUCAAUAAAGUUACAAACACACACUGCAGGUCAAAGAUUAUAUUUUUUCUACUAACGCUUUAUAAAAGCUUAAAAAAUUUCUUUUCAGGAACUUCGAACGCGAUUUUUUUUUCACUUCUACCUUUUUCAACGGUUAUGGACAAGAAGCGGAAAAUGGUGUUUUGGGGCGCGCCCUGUCGGCAAGAUGAACACCAAGUUUUGCCUUUUCAUGUCAAGAUGCUGCAUUUUUUUUCUUUCAUCUUGGUUUUUAUCCGAGACAAGUCAGAGGCUGAUACUUUUGGCGCAAAGCACCUUAAAGAGAUAAAGAGCAAGAGUUUACCCUGGCAAGAUUCAAGAUGAGUUCCCCCUUUGGCCAGUACCUUUGUUUUUUGGAUGAGUUCCUCCAGGAAACCCGCCUGUCCAUGAUUUUGACUGAAACGAGUUGCGUAUUGAAGGUGAGCAAGUUAGGUAUUUUAACAUCCAAGUUAGCUUUGUUGCUUUCAGAUCAAAUGCAAGAGUGAAGCCACAGCAGACACCAUUUUCUGACAGUGACGAGAGGAUGGUUGCUGAGAUGUCACGCGACCGUAAGUAUAUAACAACUGAAGGGUUUAAACAUGCGCUCUUCACAACUUUUAGUGAACAACAACAAACAAAAAACAAUAAUAAAGAACUCAAUGAUGAUUUUACGCUGCACCCAUCAGCGUGUUGUUACAUCUUGAACACACACACAUAUUAAUCAUAAUUUCCCUCAUACUGAUAAUCUGUUGAUGCGCAUCGCUUACCUGGACUGCAAUUUGAAUUAAACCAUAGUGAUCGUUAUUUUCAGUCACACAAAAACAAUUCUCGUUGUUAUUUAAAUUGAUACUAAUUUCCUUGUAAGUUUUUUAUUUUUAUUUUUUAGAGUCAGAAUACUCUCGAAGAAGCAAAGACUGGUUCGAAAUUCAAUGAGGUGAUUUUACUCACGUGAUUCCAACGCCCAACGCCUUUGCUCAUAGCCUGGGUAAGUCUACUACAAAAACAAUGUCACGCUUUUUUAGCCGUUAGGAACUUACCAUCAUACUAAGUAAAAUCCAAGACAGCAAAUUCAAAGGAACACAAAUGAAGGAUUUUAUGACAACAGAUUUCAGUCGGUGUUUUUAAGUCGUAACUGUUACAACAUUUCAAUUUUUUUUUAGUCGGCUUAACCUUAACCAUCAUGAAGUUGUAUUUUGAAAAAGAAAGAAUUUUUUUUUGCUAAGAUAAAGUUUCAUAGUAAAUAACUUUCAACGCCAAAAAAUUGGCCAGGCACCCUAGUGACAUAGUUUGUUAGCUCGGAAUUAUUAAAACAAAGGAAAAGGACUUGAAUUCCUGACUGAAGGAUGAAGGACAAGAAAAAGAAUAAUAUUGAAGGCUAAGAGUACAGUGCUACUGAAUCUUUGUGAAAGACAUUUCAUUCUAGGUCAGGGACUUCAAGAUGUCGUUAAAGAUUGUUUUAAAAGAGCUGUGAAAGACAAUGAUGACCUCAGAGCUGAUAUACUGAAUAAACCUGUCUCAGUACAGAGGUAA